UCAUGUCGAUGGGAGAGGUCAGUUUGCCUGUGGCAUUGGGAUCAGGAGAUCUGAGGAAGGUGCGCAUGGUGAGAUUUGUGGUUGUGGGGGCUGAGUCAUCUUAUAACAUCAUCAUGGGGCGGACGAGUUUGAAUGCGUUCCAGGCGGUCGUAUCCACGUACCACAUGAUGAUCAAAUAUCCGGUGGGCGAAAACGUAGGGGAGAUUGCCGGGGAUCAGCUCACUUCGAGGAGUUGCUACCAAACAACGGCCAGCAAUAACAAGCAGUUGGCGAAGAGGAAGGUCGAGUCGAAGGGGGAAGAGAUUGAUCGACCAGGGGGAUCGAGGUCGAAGGAAGAUAAGCGGAGAGUGGAAAAGGGGAAGGAGAAAAUGGAUAUCCAACCUGGGGAAGAAGUCGAGGAGAUUCAAAUGAUCGAAGGGUGUGAAGGGAGAAAGUUCAGGAUUGGAAAGGAUCUAGAAGAGCCUAUUCGGUCGAGGUUGAUCCAGUUGGUGAGGGAGUUCGUUGACAUUUUUGCCUACACAGCUGAAGAGUUAACGAGAAUAAGCGCGGAGGUGAUCGAGCAUCGGCUGAACAUCGACCUCAGCGUGAGGCCGGUGAAGCAGAAAAGAAGGCACCAUGGUGCGGAGAUGGACAAGAUCAUCGAGCAGGAGGUCGAGAAACUGUUAGGGGCACAACAUAUCAAAGAAAUCCAAUUCCCCGAAUGGCUGUCAAACACGAUGAAGGUGUCAAAGGCAGAAGGGAAGUGGAGGAUGUGCAUUGAUUUCCGCGAUCUAGACAAAGCAUGCCCGAAAGACUUAUACCCGUUGCCCAGAAUUGAGCAAUUGGUCGAUUCAACGGCUGGAUGCGAACUGUUGAGCUUGAUGGAUGCCUCCCAAGGGUACCAUCAAAUUCCCUUGGCGAGAGAGGACAGGAAGCGGGUGAGUUUUUUAACAAGUAGAGGGACCUAUUGUUACGUGGUCAUGCCGUUCGGCCUGAAAAACGCGGGGGCCACGUAUCAAAGGAUGGUCGAUAAAAUCUUUAAAGAGCAGCUGGGGAGGAACAUGGAGGUGUACGUGGAUGACAUGUUGGUGAAAAGUAAUGAGGAGUUGGAUCAUGUACGAGAUUUGAAAGAAACGUUCCUAACAUUGCGAUGGUACGGGAUGAAGCUGAACCCCACCAAAUGCUCUUUUGGGGUAAGGUCAGGAAAGUUCUUGGGUUACUUGGUGACCAAGAGAGGUAUCGAAGUUAAUCCAGAGAAGGUUCGAGCUGUGGUGGAGAUGAAGCUGCCGACAAAUAUUAAGGAAGUGCAGGUCUUAGCUGGAAGAAUCGCGGGGCUGAGUCGUUUCAUAUCGAAGGUGGCGGAGAAGAGCGGCCCAUUAUUCAAAACGUUAAAAAAGAGUGCAAAAUUCCAGUGGGCUGAGGAGGCGCAGAAGGCAUUCGAUGAAUUGCGAGGAGUGCUGGCCAACCUUCCAUUGUUGGCCAAACCCAUGCAGGGCGAGGAGUUGGUGCUAUAUAUUUCUAUUGGAGAGAGGGCUGUGAGCUCGGUGUUGUUGCGAGAGGAAGGAAUAGCGCAAUCCCCUAUCUAUUAUGUGAGUAGGGUGAUGCAGGGGGCCGAGAUGAGGUAUUCCGAGAUCGAGAAGUAUGCUCUAGCCGUGUUUGUAACUGCUCGAAAGUUGAGACCCUAUUUCUUAAAUCAUAAGGUGAAGGUGCGAACGAAUAUGCCUCUAGGAGAAACACUUGGUCGGCCAUCGGUCUCUGGUCGAUUGGUGAAAUGGGCAGUCAAAUUAAGUGAAUAUUCUUUGAUGUACGAGCCAAAGAGAGCCAUAAAGGCACAGGUGUUGGCUGAUUUUAUCCAGGAGGGCACGAAAGUUGAGGAGGAGUCAGAGGGAUUAUGGCA